UCUCCGCGACCCAAACACAACAGUCAAGUUCAAACUUUCAUUUGACUCGGAACGGUAAUUGAAUGUCGGGAAUCGUCGGUCACAGCUAAGUGCGCCACAGCUCCAAAUUGAAGUUGAUAAUAGUUGAUUCUUAAAAGAAUUCAAGUUUAAGAAAAGUUCAUCAAUUGCGUAAAGUGCGGGAACUUAUUGCACAAUUUCGAUUUCUGGUGGGAAAAUAUUUGAGUCGUUGACUACGCAAAACUAAAGGAUUAAAUUUAAGUGAAUCUGCUUUAAACGGCUUUUUAAAGCAAUUUUAUAGCACCGCUGUGUGCCAAAUUAGUCAAAAAAAAGCUGAAGUAAAAAGACAAAAUGUCUGCAUCACCAACUGCUCGCCAGGCUUUUACUCAUGCCCUCCCGAAAACGAAAAAAAUUGUCAUCUCGGACCCCAUUCAGAUGCCGGAAGUCUACUCAUCCACGCCCGGUGGUACAUUGUUUUCGACAACACCUGGUGGCACGAAGCUUAUCUACGAGCGGUCAUUUCUCAAGGAUCUGAGAGGUUCACCGUUAAGUCGAACACCACCUGCCAAUCUGCCCACGUGCCUGCUCCGUGGAACCCCGCGCACUCCAUUCCGGAAAUGCGUUCCGCUGCCAGUCGAGUUAGUGAAGAAGACCCAAUCACUGAAAAUAGAAGACCAAGAGCAGUUCCAAUUGGAAUUGUAAUAUAUCAGGACCAUAAAAACAGUAGUAGAUGGUAUGGAAUAAAAGGUGAAAGAGCAAUACCUUCCACGAAAUCCAAUAUAUUCCGAAAACUGCCAUAAGCUCGAAGUUUCAUAAAAACAACAGAAGAAAAUUUAAGCUGAUACUAAGAAAAACUAACCAAAAGGAUACGAUUCCUCGAAGUAUUUUUAAGCUUCCUUCCAUUCAUUCAUUUAUUGAACUUAUCGCGACUAAGUGUGGUUAAUUAUCAUCUACACAUACAUAUAUCUUUUUUAUAGUUAGAAAUAUUCCAUCAGGAAGUUCUUAUAGGAGUUAGUUUUUCACCUAAAAGCUUCUUAUGGAAUUCAAAGAAAAAUGCUUUAAAACUGAUUGUACAUAAAUAUGUAAAUGAGAGCUAAAAAUAUAUAUUAUAAAUUACAAUUGAGCAUCGGUCAUAUUGACCGCCUUAAAACGUUGAAGAGAAUUCGCUAUUUGUCCAAUUUGUUUGUGAUUUUUUUCAGAUCAUUAUUUUUAAUUAAGUAGCAUGCGCGUAUUUUUAAACCUUAAGAUGUAAAUACAUACUUAUAGAUUACAUUUGUUCAUGAUAUCAAAAAUAAAAAUUUAAAUUAUAUACGAUA